AUGUACUUCCCCACCACCACCGUCCUCUUCACGCUCGUCGCCGCUCUCUGCGGCAGCUCCGCGAGCGCACACCCUGCCGCCGCAUCCGCCGCGGUCGCAUUGCGCGCGAGCGCCGCCGUCGCCACUGCAGCUGUAGCCACUGCAGCCGUCGCAACCGCAGCCGUCAAACCCGCCGCUGCAGCUGUCGCCACUGCGGCUGUCGUCGACGCUGACGUCAACGCGGUUUGGGGCGACUGGAUAUUUCUCUGGGAGAUGUGA